AAUCAAAAUUUAUUCUUAACGAUUUUCGCCAAUGUAAAAAAAGUAUAUAUAUAUUUUUCACACAAGAUGAGAUGUGUGGGUAUAUACCUGAGCCCUGACCUAUUUAUGUACGCACCGAUUCUCGAGAUCAACCAGCUACUUAUAAUACCUGGGUACCUAGGUAUCUGUAUGGUUGGUAUCUAUACUGUUGGUACGUAUAAUGUUGUAUUUACAAUUCCUUCCUUAUGUAUUGUCCUCGGUGUAAAGCCGAUACUCGUGUACCUACUGAAUUAUACAUCGAUUUUCCGGUGUCGUCGACACGUGGUGCACAGUUAGCCAUUCAACAUAAUAUAACAUACGUUACAUAAAUGUUACUCAUACAAUUUCAGCAGUUAAUUUAUGUACUUUUAAAUUGAACAAGGUAAUUAAAUCGGCGUAUCUAAUUACAUAUACACAGAUCGAGUGACAGGAAAUGUACCUUAUUAACAAAACAAUUGUAACAGGUGUCUUCAUUGCAAAGGUACAGGCAGAUACUGUUUGCUUGUAGUAUAUAUAUACAUGUAUAUAAUUGGUCAUGUAAUGAACGACAGUACAGACAAGUUCAGUUCAGUUCAUUUUAUUAAUUUUAUUCAAGUAAAAUGUCGAAUUUUCGAGGCAAUCUGUCCCUGUAUCAAGACACAAAUAAAUUACUAACGAUCACAUAUAGACAAAGAACAUGGAAACAGCGAAGUCCGAGCCUCUAAGCAGAGAUUCAGCGAAGAUAUGAUGAUGAUAAGCAAUAUUUCUAUUUUUGAAAACAUUUUUCAGACUGGCAUUUUCUUAUUCCAUAAUGUAUCAGUGAGAUGAUAUGAUUUUUACGUAAUCCAAAUGAUAAGGUAAGCUGAAAGUUACUCUAGUCUCAACUGGUUCCCAAUGUUAUUGUUGAAUCAUGUGUAACGGUCAGAAACUAGGACGCAGUAUUUCAUUUGACUCCAAUCAUCUAAAAAUAAAUCCUUACGAAACUGACGCCAUGAAAAGCCCUGACCGCAGACUUCGAACACCUUCCUAUAUCGAUUCAAAAUCCUUUUACAGGGACAAUUUACAAUCAAUUAAUUAAUUAAGUAAUUAAAAAACGCACGGAAAACUUAACCUUGUAUCAAUAUCUGGCUACGGCUACUUCAGAAGGAGUACAGAAGAUCAAUUUCAUGAAAUAAUCAGAGAAAUUAUAACAAAGUAAACAAACUUGACUAAAUUGUCCCUUUAAUAUAUUAUUUUGCUGGUCGAUACUUAUGAUACUCGGCUCUCGUUUCGUUCGCCUAUCACUAGGUUUGAUCGACCUUUUAUCGACAAAUGAAAUAUGUGUUGCAUAUUAUCAACUGGUUUGAUGCUAUAUAGGUAUAUUUAGUUGAUGUUAGAUCGAGUACAUGUUUAUUUCCAGCAGAUGGCGAGCCAAUCAGCGGACGUUAUAAUAAUCGGUGCCGGAAUAGCCGGGGUAACAGCGGCAAAUAAACUGUUUGCCUCCGGCUACAAAGACGUUAAGAUAUUGGAAGCUAGGAAUAGAAUCGGAGGACGAAUCCAUACCGUGUCUCUUGGGCCGAAUGCUUGUUCUGUCGAAAUGGGAGCGCAGUGGAUCCAUGGAGGGGGAGAUAACCCCGUGUAUUGUAUAGCUCUUGCACAUGACCUACUGGAUCACAGCAACGUUCACGACGAAUUUGCGGGAGCGUACUACAACGAAAAUGGCACCAGUGUUGACAAAUCGCUUUUGGACACCGUGACCACCAUCUUUAAAGAAACUGUCGAGGACAUGGUAGACUUCUCGUUCUCUGACUCCAAAUCUACACUAACCUGUCAAGAAUACCUAACGAAUCGGAUGUCUACCAUCUUGUCUCCUAUUUCUGAUGCACAAAAGGAAGAAGCUGCGAACAUAUUUCGGUCCUUGUUGAACAUCCUCAAGGAAGAUUGUGGUGACGAUCUCACUAAUCUGUCUUUACGUUGUAACGGCUUCGAAGACGACUUCCGAAACGACGAUCACACACUUCCGGCAGGAUAUGAAAACCUUCUAAGAAUACAAAUGUCCAAUUUUGAACCAGAUGUAAUUAGAUUUGAAACAGAGGUAAAGUUGAUCGACUGGUCAGAGAAAGAAAACGGAAUGGAUUCUGUUGUUCUAAAAUGUGUUGAAAGGGGAACAGAAAUGACGUAUACAGCCAAUCACGUGAUAAGCACGAUUCCUCUAGGUGUUCUCAAAAAGAAACAUAAACAGUUAUUCAGUCCCGCCCUUCCUGCUGGUAAAGCAUCUCUUAUUGAAAAACUUGGUUUCGGUAAAGUGAAUAAGAUAUUACUUCACUAUGAAGAGCCUUUCUGGACUAAAGGUAACGGUGGGAUUAAAUUGGUCUGGGACCAGGCACCCAAAUGUGAUGUAGGAGAACGGUCAUGGGCGCGUGACAUAUUUGCAUUCAAAGAAAUGAAGCAUAUCGAUAACAUGUUAAUAGCGUGGAUUUACGGAGACUCUGCCGAACAGAUCGAGAAUAUAGACGAAGCACGCGUGGGUGAAGUGUGUACCCAGGUGCUGAGGCAAUUCCUAAGCGAUAACACGAUACCUAACCCCAGUAGUGUCCGAACUAGCAAGUGGUGUACCGACCCGCACACCCUCGGCGCAUACACAUUCGUCCCCUCUGACUGCCACUAUGAUGACGUGGGACGUUCAGCAAAGCCUCUUCUACGUUCCUCCGGAAAACCAACCGUGCUGUUUGCGGGAGAAGCCACGCACAGUGAUAAUUAUGGCAGCGUACACGGCGCGAUGAUCUCUGGGAUUCGUGAGGCGACACGGAUAACAAAAUGGAAAACCAAACAAGGUUACUGAUUAUGAGGGACGGAUCGUGUUGGUGCUGUUAAACAUACAUCUUACCAAUGUUUUAUAAUUCAUAUUUUAAUUGUUAUGUUUGUCAGCUUUGUGAGAUCAUGUUCGAACGACAAAAUGGUACCUGUGUAUGUAUACUAGGGGAUGAAUCGUAUCAUUACAUUAUAUAUACAGCUAAACUAUCCAAUGCAAUUAGACAAAUUUGUAUUUUUUAAAUUUACUAUUGAAUAAUGUGGAAGGUUGGCGGCAUAAUUGAAAUAUUUAUCAGUAUAUUUGACAGAAAUCACUUCCUUACAUUGUUAUGUUUUAUAUAUAUGUAAAUUGUUAUAUAACUAUACAUUGUACUUAUAUAUGUACUUUAAUUAAACAUAAGACAGACAUGUACUGUAUGUUGUUGUUUGGUUUAACACACUGUCCAUCGUACAAGGACACAUCGUUUCGUAAUCACAAAUAAAGUAUAAGUCGAACGUUUUUUUCUUUCCGUGUACAAAAUGUUAUGAUAACCCAUCAUUUAUUUGUUUACAUAUGGUCCAAUGUCUUUGUCAAUAUCAGAUUGAUUUUCAUGCGUCUCCGGGCUAUCGAAUUGAAUUAUAGUGCUCGAGUGCUGUAAUAAAAUAUAAAAGGGUUAUGCUUGUAAUAAAUUACUUGUACCCACUGUGUAUAGCCGUACACCAGAAUUUGGUACUACAUGUUGUAUUGAAGUGGCGAACUAACGAGUUCGGAAAGAUUUGCAGUAUAUUACACACAUGUAUGUAU